AUGGCGCCCCCCUUGACACUUCGUGGAACAGAUGGAAUAUGGAUGGUGAAUGGACCACCAGAUGUUGGGUCUGCCUCACAGUUUCCAGGGGAGAAAUCCAGGUGUCGAUGUAUGUCCUUCAGUGAUGAUGGUACCCGUCUUGGCUGGUGUACUGACGAUCAGGUCAUCGUUAUUAACACAAAUACUUUUAAAAAGGUUUUCCAACUUGAUAUCAGCAAAGUUGUCUGCAUGAAAUUUUCUCCUAAAGGUACCACCCUGGUAAUGUGGCAGAAUUAUACAGUCAACCCAGAAACUAAGCAGGGAAAUACCAAUCUUCACCUGUAUGACGUCUCCACAGGAGUUCUGCAGCGCAGCUUUAUACAGAAGAAACAGAAAAAUUGGGAUCCAAAUUGGACAAAUGAUGAGGGCGUCUGCUGUAGAAAUGUUAAUAAUGAACUUCAGUUUUUCGAGAAUAACAAAUAUGAUGAAAUUAAAGUGAAGCUGUUGAUGCAGAAGAUAUCGGAAUAUAGUCUGGCUACUUGUGGUCCUCCAUAUGUAGUGGCUGGUUAUGUACCGGGAGCUAAGGGUCAGCCGUCCUUUGUGAGAGUUUACCAGUAUCCUAACUUUGGAGGCCAGCAGGCAGCUUUGGCCAGUAAAAGUUUCUUUAAGUCUGAUACUGUGACCAUGAAAUGGAAUGGAACAGGCACUGCACUGCUAGUCCUCUCAUCCACUGAAAUCUCUGAGCAGAAUUACUACGGUGACCAGGGCCUUCAUUUUAUAUCAACAAAAGGGGAAGCAUGCCUUGUACCUAGAUCUAAGAACGGUCCUGUUUAUCACGUGGAAUGGAGUCCAAAGUCUACAGAUUUCUGUGUUGUCUACGGAUUCAUGCCGGCGAAGGCUACGUUAUACAACCUGAAAUCAGAACCUCUAUUUGACUUCGGCACUGGUCCUCGCAAUGUGGCUUUCUUCAACCCCCAGGGAUCCAUCCUCUGUCUCGCUGGAUUUGGAAAUCUCCGUGGAAACCUGGAAUUCUGGGACACCAAGCAGCGAAAGCUGAUCAGUCAGGCUCAAGCACCAGACACUACAAUCUUUGAGUUCCACCCAGAUGGGGAACACUUUCUUACAGCCACCACAGCACCACGGCUACGAGUUGGUAAUGGGUACCGAAUAUGGCACUUCACUGGCUCACUGCUGCAACAAGUUAAUGUUGAUGGCAAUAAAGAACUUUGGGAGGCCCAGUGGCAGCCUGUUCCCAAGGGAACCUACCCAGAGAGAAUUCUCAACUACAAGGCCGCUCAAGCUAUGGCUGCAGAGGUGGCUCCAGUCCCUGGAGUAAAAGCUGGCGUUUAUCGUCCCCCACAAGCUAGAGGCACCGAACCAUCAUUCAAACUACAUGAAUAUGAGGCACCGUCAGACCCAAACAAAAAACCGACAGUAGAAUCUGGUGAAAGUAAAUCUGCAAGUAAAAAUAAGAAGAAGAGGGAUGCAAGGAAGGCAAAACAGGCUCGGGAAAAUGAGCAGGGUGAAGCCUCAUCUUCAGCUGCGCCAGUGGUUUCUGCUCCAGCAUCUGUUAUGGGAGCACUUGCUUCACAGGUGCCCUCUACUGGUGACCCAGAUAAAGAUAAGAAAGCCCGAAAUAUCAGGAAGAAACUACAAGCCAUACAGAAACUGAAAGACCAGAAGGCUGCUGGAAAACAGCUGGAAUUAAACCAGAUUGAGAAGCUAAAAACAGAGACCUCAUUACUAGAAGAACUAUCAGCUCUUGGCCUUGAGGAUGACUGGAGUUGAUGUUGAAGCUUUUUCUUGUUCAAUAAAAUGUUUAUUAUUACUACCCAGAUUGUAUAGUCAUUGAUCUGUAUCAUUUAAGUGCUUAACCUUACCUGUGAUAUUAUGAAUAAAAUGGAAGUGAAAAUAUUUU